AAAAUAACAAGUUGCUGUUUCAUCUUGAAAAUUUACAAAUUCCAUUGAGAGACCAGACAGUAAGGAUACAAGCAAUACAAUGGCCACCGUCAAUUACCACGAUCUUGAGCUUCCCGCCUACAUCCUCGGUGCUCUGACCGCAGGAGGCGGUAUCAUGGGAUACGCGCGCACACGAUCUGUUCCUUCAAUCGUUGCUGGCUGCGCUGUUGGAUUUUUAUAUGCUCUUGGUGGCUAUCGCAUUCAGAAUGAGCAGCCUUAUGGAGUCGAGCUUGGCCUUUUAGCCUCCGUCAUUCUUGGGGGAUCUGCUUUCCCCCGAGCCCUUCGUCUGAGGAAACCGGUUCCAAUUCUUCUCAGUGUCAUUUCAGCAUUUGGCCUCUUCACUUACGGUUCUGCUCUUCGAAGGAGGGCCUGAGACAGCUGUCAGAUGAUGAUAACUUAGUCAAAGGAAUGGUACGAUGCAAUAAAACCACUUGUUCUGGAUCGAUGGACUGGCUAUCUGGAGCUGUUCCGACUCAGUGUGAGACAUCGACAUAGUGUUGUGAUAAGCUUAAAACCAGGACCCAGAUCACUUCCCUCGACUGACAUAAGCGAUAUGAGAAAGAGCUUAAAAUGCAGUUCUUUCGAUAUGGCGUAUUGUCAAGCGAUCACCACAGAAUUCUGGUAGCGCUCAGGUCAGGCUCUUUUAUGGUAGGAAGAUAGGAAUAAACGGCUUCAAAACG